ACUGACUCAUGCGCAUUCGUCUAGUGAUUGAAAAGGAUUACAGAGAUAAGGAACGUGCCGUAUUAUUUAUUACUUCGUGUUGUUAUGGGGCAUUGCCCCUUGUACUUUCCAUAUGAGUUUCGUCAGGACUUGACGUAAAUGUUUGUGUUUAAUCAAGUAUUGCAAUGGAAGGAGGUAAAAGUAAAUAAAUCUGGGACAUAAAUCCAUUCCAGGGUUCACACAGCAACAGUCAACAAAUGAUAGUCCAAAGUCGUAGAUGUUGAUUCCGCUCAGGCUCUCCCGUCGCUGCUGCUACUGCUAGCUUCCCCUCAGCCAGAUGAACGGGCGCUCAGCACUCGACCGGAUGAAGACCAAGAACUUUUCUAUGAUCCUGGUCUUGAUCAUAGUGUCCAGCGUCUCAGUAUGGUUUCUCUCCUAUCCCUCCUCUCCCAGCAUACAGGGCAUCGUCUCCAAGACACAGUCAGGCCUCCGGAGGCUGCCAGCUAACAUGAAGGUGGAAGACAAAGGGCUCACGGUGGAUCCAAUGUACCUACAGCGACUCGGACUUGCUCCCUCGUCGAGCAUUGGGCGUCUCAGCGGAGCUCUCUUGCCAGGCAAAUCUUCGUCGUCAGGUCUUCCGGCAGCUCCCAGCGGCCUUGACUCUUCAGCUGACCAGGUGCUCCCAUCCCCGAAGAUGACCUCCGGCCUGCCUGUGAUCGCCAGUGGGGCUCGACCCGAUCACUUUGAGGAAGCAGCGGUGUUGAUGCGGUCGGUGUACAACUUGCUGCCCAACUAUAAGCUGGUGGUGUACGACCUUGAUCUCUCCUCCUCCGAGCUUGUCUUGCUGAAGAAAUACUGCAACACCACGUGGAACUGCGAGAUCAGGAAGCUGUUGUUUGAGAAAUACCCGUCACACCUCAAGUACUUGGACAUUCGUAGCUACCGACCCGUGUGCAUUCAGGAAAUGCUGAACACGUACGGAGCUGUAGUGUGGGUAGACGACGGCUUCUACUUCACCGAGGGGAACCUUACCCUCAGUUUGGACCGGGCUCGUGCAUCUGGCAUCCAGGGCUGGCCCAUCAAGUACCCAACUUCGUCUUUCACUCACCAAAAAAUGUUUCAGUUCUUCAACACAGAUCAAAAGCACUACUAUUUCCAGCAUCUGAUAGAAUCGUCUCACCUGAUCCUGUACAACACAGAGCGAUUGGCGCAGCGCGUCAUGCUGCCCUGGGUCAAGUGUGCACUGCUGGAGGAGUGCAUUAACCCGCCCGGUGCGCAAAACUCGGGCUGCAACUAUGCCCGCCGGCCCUACUUCUUGUACAGUGGCUGCCAUGGUUAUGAUAUGUCAGCGCUCAACGUGCUGUUGGGCAUGGCGUUCAGCAUGGAGGAGUCCAGCUACACUGCGACCCAAGGGCUUUUCGGGAGUCUGCGAGAAGACAAGCUGCGUGCUGAGAACAAGACGCAGCUUUCUUAUGAGGUCGGCAUCGGAGUAGGGCUGAAUAUGAAAAUGUAAUAUUUUUGUUAUGUUAUUAAGAGUUCCCAGCCUAGUUUUUUUAUACGCAUUUGUUUGCUUUUAAAGUAUAUAUUAUUGGGGGGGGUGGGGGGUUCUUGUUUUAUUUUGCUUACGGUUAGACAAAUGUUUUCAUAAUUAUUAAGUAUACCAGCCCUUUGAGCUCUGUUUCCAGGAGGCUUUUGGUUAUUGAAAGGAUUAUGCCUUUUAUUGUAUCUUACCGCCUGUUUAUGAAAUUAGGUUGUCUUGAGAGACUUCAGUUUGGCUUAGAAAUAACUAUUUUCAGUCGGCUUGAAGGACCUUUCUAGCUUAACUCUUGUCCUGCAUGUGUGCUGAGAUGCGAAUCUUAUCAGCAACCUAUUACGUCGGACAUUCCGGGCAGGC